AUGACAGAUGCUGGUGACACCUUCUUUGUACCGUUUUUCUGUGCAGAGAACAGUACGACAACGGCUCAGUGUGCAGCUGGAACACAGAGCAAGUACCAUGUUCAGUUCACGUCUUCUGAUGGGCUCACGGAGAUGCGCUCGUUUGUAUGCACCAAAAGUAGCAACGAUUACGCACCAACUGCCGUCGUCAAACGAACAGCAAGGGGACUUCGAGUGCAGCCAAGCGCUCAAGCCAUUUUACAGAGACGUGAUUUCAAGGCUUUCCUUCCAGGACCAUCUGGCAAGCUGCGGGACUGCUCUGACAGAGGACAUCUCUUCUAUGACGGCUCUAAACGCACCUACAUUUGUGAAUGCGAUCCUGGAUUCACUGGAGAAUCUUGCGAAACAGGAAUUUGCACUCAAUCCAACGCGUCCACUGAAGGAAUAGAUGUACAGUACCGUACUUAUACGGUAGUAAUCGGAGUGGAUUCGAUCAAUUACGGUGUGGAGAGUGUGCUUCUAAGCGAUGCAAGCAAUAUUGCGUCGCUGAAAGCUAAGCCGUCUACCGUAUGGCGUUAUCAGCUGAUUGUAUAUUGUGAUAAUAAAAUAGCGUUACCGGUAUAUAUUGGCGGAAACUACGAUGAGUUCAAUAAAGCAAUGAAGUCAGAUCUUAGAAAUCUGUAUUGCAUAAGAUCAGAACAACAGCAGGGACCAUUCAAUUUGGCCGAUGUCUUCCAGGUUGCCGUCGGCGGUCUAGGUCGCCUUGUUCGGGGAUUAAUUAUAUUCUACACUGAAAACCAGACGUAUAUGAAAGUCGAUUUGGAGGAGUUCAUCAGCGUCACGCGCAGUUAUAGGCAGGAGCUGUAUUUGGUCGCUAUGGAUGCUCAAAGACAUGACUCGCUCGCGUAUGAUGAUUACACGGAUCUUCGGGCAGCAGCAUUUGUGACCGGAGGAAAUAUUUUGUUCGUGGACGGUAAUGAGCAGAUGGUUGCACCUCGACUCAGU